AUGGCGGAAUCUCUCCUAGUAGAUGUUGAUGAUUUCUACUUUGCAGUGUUGUCAGUUGGCUCUGACGAUGGUGUUGAGGAAGACGUCUUUCCUAUUUCUGACGAAAAGUACGCAGAGCAGUUGUGUCUUCAAGAGGCUCUAAUGUCUUCUGUCAGAACUUCUACAUCUCUUGGUGUUACUAACAGUUCCUCUAAUCCACAUUAUCGAAAGUCAGAAAUUGGUGAAUCAUCUUCAUCCAGACUGAAAAUUGAAGAUACCUACAAGAAUACUAGCAAUAGCAAUGAUACGAAAAUGAAAUCAACAAUGAAUGUUAAUGCCAGUGCAGGAGAUGAUCAAUAUUCUUCUGAAAUGAGCUUCUGUGAGAUAUGCAUGGAAGCUAAGCCAACAAGUGAGAUGCGGAAGAGCACUAUCAAAUGUUCCCACAUUUAUUGUUUUGAAUGCAUCGCGAAACACAUUGCAGCAAAGAUACAAGACAACAUCUCUCAGAUCACAUGUCUAGAGUUUAAUUGCAAAGAGAUAUUGGAACCGCAUUUGUGCAGAGAUAUCAUACCAGCUCAGGUGUUUGAUCGUUGGGAGAAUGCAUUGUGUGAGUCUCUAAUUCUUGCUUCACACAAGAUUUACUGCCCGUUCAAGGACUGUUCAGCGAUGCUUGUGAACGAUGAUGAUGGAGUAAUCAUAAGGGAAUCGGAAUGCCCUCACUGCAGAAGAUUGUUUUGUGCGCAGUGUAAGGUCCCAUGGCAUUCUGAUUUGGAUUGCGAUGAAUACCAGGAAAUGAAGAGAGGAGGGAAAGAAGACGCGUUGUUGAUAAAACUAGCUGAGAAAAAAAAGUGGAGAAGAUGUCCAAGAUGCAAGUACUAUGUGGAAAAGAGGGAUGGCUGUUUACACAUAACUUGUGUAAGUAUGAAUUCUGCUAUAGCUGUGGAGUCGAUUGGCAUCAGUCUCAUUCCGGCUGUCAAAGAAUCUGAUGAGGCAAAAAAACAGUCUGACAAAGGGCUGCUAUUCAGUGUUUCUGAAAAGAAAAGAGAAUAUAAAGACUUGCAGAUAAUCUUUAAUGGCAGUACUGUGUGCAAGAUUUGCAUGGAAUCAGGAAAUGACAUGAGAAACACCACUAACAAAUGUUCACACAGUUACUGCACCAAAUGCAUCUCCAAGCACAUCGCAACAAAGGUACAAGAAAAGAUCACUUUGAUAACCUGCCCGGAGUUCAGGUGUAAGGAGAGAUUAGAGCCCCAUUCGUGCAGAGAUAUCAUACCAGGUGCGGUGUUAGAUCGCUGGGAGAUCUCCUUGUGCGAAUCUUUACGUAUUGUUUCAAAUAGAGUUUUACGCAGUGGAGGGGAUCAAGACAAGCUGCUCAUUCAACUGGCCGAGAAGAAAAAGUGGAGAAACUGUCCAGGUUGCAAAUUCUAUGUGGAAAGGACGGAGGGCUGUCUGCAUAUAAUUUGCAGUGUGGAUCUGAAUUUUGCUAUGGCUGUGGAUCCACCUGGAGCGAUACUCAUGAAGCAGUCUGCCAGAGAGACUAAGAUUGCAAAUGUCGAUCUCUUCUAA